AUGAGAGUCUUCCAUCUUGUUUUUGGCAGCACUUUACUGCUCGCACCUAGCUAUGCCCAGCAAACCAACCACACACAAGAAUUCGUCGGAUGGCAGGAGUCCCCGAAUGUUAGGGGUACAAUGGAUAUUAUCUGGACUUGUCUUUUCACCGUGUUCAUUUGCGUGUGGACUGCUGUUCAUCUGAACGUUCCUGCACCACCUGGUACUGAUAGUGCCAUUGAUUUGUGGCUGAGAAGGAUCAAAUGGGUCGGUAACUGUUGCAUUGUACCGGAAAUCGUUAUGAUGCUGGCCGCUGGCCAAUGGUCGUUUGCUCGUUCUUGCUGGCGCGAAAUGAGAGACAUUCUUGCCGAACAAGACUCGCAAGUGAUCAUGGAGAGAGGUGAUAUGCCCGUCGUGAAGACGGUCACCGAUCCUGUCGUCAGCGUGACCGCCACUCCACCUUCACCCCCAGCGAUCGAUGGCGACGAAAUUCAGAUGGUAGAGAUGAGCCGACCAAAGAUGCAACGCUCCGAGACCUUCGCGGAAAGGGAGGAGAGAGAAGACGAUGAACGAUGGACCUUGCGUCACGCUUUCUUUGCCAAUAUGGGUGGCUUCCGGCUCAAGGAGCAGGGAAACCCAGCACCUUACCUCAUCAAUGCGAAACACAUCAAUUAUCUUGUGCGCAAAGGGUACAUAGAUCUUCCCACAAUCACUACCCUCGAAAUCAACGACCACUCCAAAUCCGACAGCCUAGCUAAAUUUCUGGCCAUCAUGCAAGUCGGUUGGCUUGCCGUCCAGGUUAUAGCCAGAGCGAUCCAGAAGUUGGAAACAACACUGCUCGAAAUUACGACCCUCUCUUUCGUCGUUUGUACCAUGGGCAGUUUCAUUGCCUGGUACCGAAAGCCUUAUGAUGUUCAGACAUAUGUCUUGCUUUCAAUGAAACAUGGGUAUACUGUCAACGAUAUCGACCUGACCUUCACGGACCAGAAAGACGCAAAACACCGAAAUCUGUUGGAGGAAUACCAAUCCGAGCAUCCUUCGAAUGAAUGCAAGAUUCUCAAUGAGCGUGGACAACUUGUUGCACCAUAUACCAAGCUCGACAUCAUCGACGAUGGGGAACCUACCUUUACCGGCACCUUCACCGACAAAUAUCGAAAGUAUUGGGGUGGUCAAGUCGGCAAUCCGAACAGAAUCCGAAACGACCGUCUCCCGAUAAUGGAGCACCGAGUGACUUUUAUUAUUGCGGUCAUCACAUUCGCCUACGCAGGUCUCCACGCUGCUGCCUGGAACAUCCCCCUUCCAACGAAUAUCGAACAGUUACUCUGGCGCAUCUCAUCAAUCGUUAUGCUUGGUUGUUGCGUGGCGUGGUUCGGCAUGGACCAUUUCCAAGAAUAUCGAAUCAACAAGAAAGAGAGGGAAGGGAUAGUUGAUCGAGAUUCGAUCGUCCCUUGGUGGAGGAUACCAGCGUCCAUCUUGGUGGCCACCGUCUACGGCCUGAGUCGCAUAUAUGUACUUGUGGAAUCAUUUGUAGCUCUCCGGUCGAUGCCAGUGUCGACAUACCAGCAAGUAGACUGGGGCAAAUGGGUUCCUCAUAUAUGA